AGAGCGAGAAAAAAAAAAAAAAAAAAGUGCUUGAUGAACCUAUUGAGAUGUCUAGUCUCUAGGCUUUUAUAAAUAACUGUUCCUGUGAAGGCUGAGUAUUCAUGAGUAUUCAACCCUGCAAAAUCAGGACACAGCUAGCACCUAUUCCGCCUCCACGAAUUGCCUCUCCACUGAGAGGGCCAGUUAGUACUGAAGCCCCUUGGCUGCUCAAGGAUUGCAGGGAUGAGGCAAGUGGAACAGCUUCGGAACCUCCGAAAAUGGGCACCCUCCAGGUCCCAGUUUCUAUGGCAACCAUACCGGCAAAUUGGCCUCUGCAACGGUUUCUCCUGGAAAGACCAUGAUUUUGGUUCCCGCGGACGUCUCUAUGGUUUCCACAGCCUAGAAGGAACAAAACGGCAUUUCCGGGAAGAUGGCGGCGCACAAGUCAGGUCUGGCACAUGUUUCCGCGGAGAGGACCCCGCAAUGAAGGAUGAUAUCACCUCUUCUCUGGUGAGAGUCUGAGGAUAGAGACAUUUUUCUCACCAUGAAUGUCACUCCAGAGGUCAAGAGUCGUGGGAUGAAGUUUGCUGAGGAGCAGCUGCUAAAGCAUGGAUGGACUCAAGGUAAAGGCCUGGGCCGGAAGGAGAAUGGUAUCACCCAGGCUCUCAGGGUGACACUGAAGCAAGACACUCAUGGGGUGGGACAUGACCCUGCCAAGGAGUUCACAAACCACUGGUGGAAUGAGCUCUUCAACAAGACUGCGGCCAACUUGGUAGUGGAAACUGGGCAGGAUGAAGUACAGAUAAGGAGCCUUUCUAAGGAGACCACCCGUUAUAAUCAUCCCAAGCCCAACUUGCUGUAUCAGAAGUUUGUGAAGAUGGCUACAUUGACUUCAGGUGGAGAGAAGCCACACAAAGACUUGGAGAGCUGCAGUGAUGACGACAACCAGGGGCCCAAGUCCCCAAAGAUUCUGACUGAUGAGAUGCUGCUCCAAGCCUGUGAGGGGCGAACAGCACACAAGGCUGCCCGUCUCGGGAUCACGAUGAAGGCCAAGCUUGCUCGCCUAGAGGCCCAGGAGCAGGCCUUUCUGGCUCGUCUCAAAGGCCAGGACCCUGGGGCCCCUCAACCGCAGUCAGAGAGCAAGCCCCCCAAAAAAAACAAAAAGAAAAGGAAGCAGCAAGAGGAGGAAGAAGCUACAGCAUCUGAAAGGAAUGAUGCAGAUGAGAAGCACCCAGAACAUGCUGAGCAGAACAUCAGAAAAAGCAAGAAGAAGAAAAGGCGACAUCAAGAAGGAAGGGUCUCAGAUGAAAGAGAGGGUACAACUAAAGGGAAUGAGAAGGAGGACGCUGCAGGAACAAGUGGGCUUGGGGAAUUGAAUAGCAGAGAGCAAACCAAUCAGUCCCUCAGGAAAGGGAAGAAAAAGAACAGGUGGCACCAUGAAGAGAAGAUGGGGGUCUUGGAGGAAGGAGGAAAAGGCAAGGAGGCUGCAGGCAGUGUCAGGACAGAGGAGGUAGAGAGCAGGGCGUAUGCUGACCCAUGCAGCCGAAGAAAGAAGAGGCAGCAACAGGAGGAGGAGGACUUGAACCUAGAAGAUGGAGGUGAGGAAACUUUUAGGUGGUGGAACCAGGGAAGCAGAGAGCAGAGCAUGCAGUGAUGGAAGAAGCAGGAAAAGCAAGAAGAAAAUACAGCAGCAUCAGGAGGAGGACAUCUUGGAUGUAAGGGAUGAGAAGGAUGGCGGGGCUAGGGAAGCAGAGAGCAGAGCACACACUAGCUCAAGCAGCAGAGGUAAGAGGAAGAGGCAGCAGCAUCCCAAGAAGGAAAGAGCUGGAGUCAGCACUGGCCAGAAAGCCAAAAAGAAGAAACAGAAGAAGAGAGACUAAAGGUCUGGCCAAGGUGGGGCUCAAUUGAUUUUCAAGAGUUUAAGCCUUAAAGACCAGGGUGGAUGCGGGUCUGCAGGUCUUCUGCACCCCCCUCAAUGAGGAGUCCCUCCCAGAAAGGAAACUGAUCUCUGGGAUGUCAGCUGCUGAGAGGAGCAAGCGGUAGUACCAUCCCUUAUUUGAGGGAGUCAGCAUAGUCCCCUCUGCAGCUUCUAACCCAGGAUCAUGAACUCAGGUGCCUAGAGAAGCCAGGCAGCUAAAGGACAAGGAAUGCUGGGGGCUGUGGGAACAGGAAUGCAGAUACCCUUUGAAGGAGCAUUCCUGCUAAAAGAAGCUGAAAAUGUCGACCUAUGCAAAGUGCUCUGAUUUUUAAAUGUUGUGAAGGUUAAGAAAAACAUAAAUUUAGGUCUAUGGGCUAAAUUUAGCCCACAGUUGCCAGUUUCUAGCACUACCAAAUGAAUGAAUAAACAUCAGCUUGGGCUCCUAGCCUAGAG